AUCGUACUUUUCGGACGCAAUCCAACCAACGUGGCUAUCUGUAAAGGGUUUGCUAUUCAUAAUGCCGCAUUCGCUGGAUAUACCAUCUUACCGUCUCUUGCUUGCAACUCGUAUGCUUCCUAGCGCUCCCCUUUCAGUUUCGUGGCACAUUCCUCGCAAACUGCGUGCUACAGUUCCAUUAAAUCCAAGAAGUGUUCUUCGCGAUUUAGGCGGCGCCCUCGUUGGAAGCCUCCUCCUCGGAACAUGCUUGGUGGUUAUUAUCAUCGUCAGUUUCUUCGAAGUUGACGUCUGGAAAAUCAGUUUACCGUUUGCGGUGGCGAAGCUCAUAUUUGACUUUGCCUGGGAGCAUUACUUCACAUCACGGUCAUUCGGAUUUCAAGGAAGAGACAUCCGCUGACGACGACGACGAUCCCAUGUAUUCGCAAAUCCAGCGAGCGAUGAUGUCGCCGACGGAAAAGGGUCCGCACCGAAAGGAAACAUUUAACUCCAAUGCACGCUUCCUUACAAAUGCUACACC